GUAUUCAGCGGCAUUAUGUUUACCUACGGCAGUUUGGCUCUCCUGCUUUUAGUGGCAUCAACAGCUGUGAAAGCCGAUGAUAAUGAGUCCUGUUACUCAUUCGCUGGUGGCUCAGUUUAUCCCGCCGGCGAGCCCAAGGGUGACCACCAAUUGCAGUACACUAAGGCCGUCAUUUCCAAGCCUGCGCCACAGUUCGAGGCCACCGCCGUGGUCAACAAAGAGAUUGUGCAGCUCUCGCUGUCCCAAUAUCUGGGCAAAUAUGUUGUGCUACUCUUCUAUCCACUGGACUUCACAUUUGUUUGCCCCACGGAAAUAAUUGCCUUUUCGGAUCGCAUCGCUGAAUUCCGCAAAAUCAAUACGGAAGUGAUUGCUGCAAGCGUUGACUCGCACUUCACACACCUGGCGUGGAUAAAUACGCCGCGCAAGGAGGGCGGCUUGGGUAAUGUGAAGAUUCCCCUUCUCUCCGACUUGACGCAUAAGAUAAGCAAGGACUAUGGUGUGUACCUCGAAGAAGUUGGUCAUACACUGCGCGGCCUCUUCAUCAUUGACCAGCGCGGCGUCUUACGCCAAAUCACAAUGAACGAUCUACCUGUUGGCCGAUCUGUGGACGAGACGAUACGUCUCGUACAGGCCUUCCAGUACACCGAUACACAUGGCGAGGUCUGCCCAGCCGGCUGGAAGCCAGGCUCUGAUACGAUUGUGCCCAAUCCGGAGGAGAAAACAAAGUACUUUGCCAAGAACAACUAGGCAUUUUCUACUUAGCCUUCCUGCACAACCCACCAAGAUUGGCUAGCAAAUAUAUUCAAAUUUAAAUGACUGAAAUAUAAAUAAAAUGAAUGCA